AUAAAUAUGUGUAUGGAGGUAGAUAUGAAGCAGAAUAGAAGGAGAGUGAACUAAAAAAGGAGUUAAAAAUGGCUUGUCCUCCAACUCAUAAAGUGGUAAAAGGUGAGCUUAAGAAUGGUUCUGAUGACUGCCUUGCGAGCUUGAUGUAUUCGAAUUACCAAGGUGCUCCGGUAACGAUUAAAAAAGAUUCAUUACCCACUCCAUUUGCGCAGAAUAUGGUAGUCGACGGUCUGUACGGAGGCCUGGUGUAUGAUGUUGUUAGGGUUAAGUGGAUUAUUCUUUGGACCACUGAUUGUAAGGUGGCUACUAAGAUCAUUCCGACCGAAAACCAUAUUGUUUGGGAGGAUAUAGUGAGCAUCCUUCAGCCCUACGAUAGCUCUGACAACUUGUCCUUAUCAUGUGGGGGUGCAUUUUCCGCCGAAGCUCAUAUCCAUGCAAAUGGAGAUGGAUCUCUAAACCUGACAGCACAAAUCAUGUGGAGCGGUUGCAAGUAACCUGCGUCUCUUUGCAUCAUAUAUUGCUCCAUGCUUAUCUCUAUCAGUUUUGUGCUGUGUGACCCAUGGAGGCUGUCUACUUCUUUAUAUUAAUAAUACUAUUAAAUAAAUUUGACAGCCACCCCAUAUUAUACUACUGGAUUCCUACUUCUUCUACCUUACCUAUUCAACAUUGUGUGCCUUGUUUCUCCUUUUUCUUUUCUUUUCUGUAAUACUAUAUAUACACAUGAUUGUGUGAAUUAAUAAAAAAAGAUGUCUAUGUCUAUGUCUAUAUCUAUACGUUUAUAAAA